GAACUUUCCUAGCACAGAAAGCGAGCCAACCCCGCGCAGAACGAUGAUCCAGGCAAAACCCACGAAAAGUUUAAUAACAGUAUCGACGGCAUGACCCUCCGCAUUAUUGCAGUCGAAAACUAGCCUCCAAAAAGCAGAAACGGAUGCUCUGAAGGAAAACAGACCCUUUGCACGCAGGUAUGCUUGUUGCACUAAAUCCCUCCCCUCUCUGAUUGUCUGCGUUAGACACUGCAAGCUGGAGGUGGCGCUUUCGGUCAUUCUCUUCGGCAUCGUCACCAAGAUUGUUGCCCAUUUUUUCACUGCAUCACAGUAAGACUUGAUGCGCUUGAUGAGGUUCCAACUAGGCUUGCCGAAGAGGAAUCCUUUGUCAGCGUGUAGAUACGCAGUCAGGACAUGGCUCAAGGAACAUCUGUGCCAAUCCCUCUCUUUUUCAGCUUGGCCCGCUUUUGGACCAGCCGCUUGCGUCUUAUAGAGCAGUCCUUUGAAGAGGUUGGAAAAGUAUCUGUUUCGGCCAGCCGAGACCCAAAGUUCUUCCACUCUCUUGCAAACUUGAUAUUCUUGAACUUUGUUACCGAGCCAUUGCCCAAAGUAAGAGUUCAGGGCAGAGAAGACCGCUUUGAGGAUAAGGCGUCUGGAGACCUUUGUGCCUUCUGCUACAUCAACCGCUAUUUCUUCCGGCAGAUAUGGGAGAACUACCAUCAUUGCGAUUCCUUGGAGAAUCAGUUGCGCAAGGAUGAUAGAUAGGAACAACUGUUGAGAAGGCAUGUUUGCUGGCAUUGGGAUCCGGAUG